AUGGAGAAGUUAGCCUACGCAUUAAUUUUGGCUUCCUGUAAGCUGAGGCCUUAUUUCCAGGCUCACAAGAUUGAAGUGCGAACAUCCUUCCCUCUCAGACAAGUCUUACACAAGCCAAAAGCCUCUGGUAGGAUUAUGGAAUGGGUUGUCGAGCUAGGCCAAUUUGAUAUAGAGUACAAGCCAAGAACUACUAUUAAGGGGCAAGCAUUAGCUGACUUCAUCCGGGAAUUUCCACCCACUUUUGAAGUUGAAGGGAUGGAAUGCGUACCUGAACCUCAGCCUCCAAUAGCCAUACCCGAGAAUUGUUCCCCUUGGUGGAACUUGUACGUCGAUGGGGCUGUCAAUGGAAAUGGGGCCGGGGCUGGCAUUGUCCUAGUCAGUCCGGAAGGCCAUAAGCUGCAAAGCUCCAUUCACUUCGACUUUAAAGCUAUCAACAAUGACGGGGAGUAUGAAGCCCUAAUAGCGGGGCUGAAGCUAGCCUUGGAGAUGAAGGUGGAAAAUAUGAAUGUUUACAGUGAUUCAAUGUUGGUAGUCUGGCACAUCCGAGGAGGCUUCCAAGCUAGGGGUCCCUGUACCGAUCUUUACAUGCGGUAUGCCCAAGAACUAAUUGGGAAAUUCAAGGAGAUCAAGCUAGAGCAAAUACCAAGGUCUGAGAAUGCAGACGCAGAUGCCCUGGCCAAGUUAGGCAUUCAGAGGGAUGCACAUAUGCUUGGGGUGAUCCCCCUCAAAAUCCAAUAUCAGCCUAGCAUCCCCAAGAUUGAAGUCGUGGACGUUGAGGUUGAAGAGUCUAACUUUUGGACAACCCCAUUUCAAGAAUACAUAGCCAACGGAACCCUGCCUACGUACAAGGAUGAGGCCAGAAAAUUGAGAUACAAGGCAGCCCAAUAUGUAAUUUAUGAUGGAGUUCUUUACAAAAGAGGGUUCAACCGACCCCUCCUUAGGUGUGUUACUGGGAUAAGAUGUGAGUACAUUAUCCGCGAGGUGCAUGAAGGAAUUUGUGGGAAUCACUCGGGGGUGCCUCCCUCGCUCACAAAAUUCUCCGUCAAGGCUACUACUGGCCUACCCUCGACAAAGACGCUCAUGCCUUCGCCAAGGCCUGUGACAGCUGCCAAAGAUCUGAUUGGUAAAUUACCCAAAGGGAAAGGAGGGGUGAAGUAUGUAGUUGUGGAGGUAGAUUACUUCACCAAAUGGGCUGAAGUUGGAGCAGGGUCCUUUCGAAGGGAUAACUAUGACCCUGAGAAUAAUGAAGUCAACCACAGGCUCUACCUAGACCUGAUUGAAGAGGUAAGGGACACGGCUCAGUUGAGACUGGCUGCAUAUCAACAGACGACCCGUAAAUAUUUUGAUAAGAAGGUGAGGGCUCGACCCCUCAAAAUGGGAAACCUGGUUCUAAGAAAAAUGAUGCCAAACAUGAGGGUUCCCGCUCAUGGGGCCAUCGGUGCGAAAUGGGAAGGCCCAUAUAUUAUCAAGACAGUGCUUUGGGAAGGAACCUAUCACCUUACAGACAUGGACGGAAGACUCAUGUCACGGGCAUGGAAUGCCCAACACUUAAAGAGGUAUUACUAG